AGCCGGCGGGUGGCGCAGUUCGUGACGUCACGGUGCUUGACAGUGAGGCCGAGGCUGCUCUGCUGCCAUGGUGGCCCGCGGCCGGGUAAGGGCCAGAGCUGACUUGCUACCGGGCCAGGGCAGCUUCGGGUCCGGGCGUGAGGGAACAGGAAUCUGCAGCCAGGACGGCGAGUCUGUUGUCUGAGCGUGGUGAGGCCGAGUGGAGGAAGGUCGGGAGCGGACUCUGCUCAGGUCAGGGGUGCAUCAUGUCUAGCCUGGGGGCUCUGAGCGGCGCCCGCGCCGGGCUGGGGCUGCUGCUGGGCACCGCCGCCGGCCUUGGUUUCCUGUGCGUUCUCUACAGUCAGCGAUGGAAACGGACCCAACGCCGUGGCCGCAGCCAGAGCCUGCCCAGUUUCUUGGACUACGAGCAGACUUCAGAGCCGGGACGCCAGGUGUUGCAGGCCAUUCCUGGCGAGGCUGGAGAUGCCUCAGUGCUGCCCAGCCUUCCGCAGGUAGGGCAGGAGAAGGUGUUAGACCGCCUGGACUUUGUGUCGAGCAGUCUUGUGGCCCUGCGGCAGGAGGUGAUGGAGCUGAGGAACAGCCUGCAGGGGCUCGCCGGGGAGAUUGUUGGGGAGGUCCGAUCACACUUGGAAGACAGCCAGCGAGUGGCUCGGCGGCGACGGUUUCUGUUUGCCCGGGAACGGAGCGACUCCACAGGCUCCAGCUCUGUCUACUUCACCGCCUCAUCUGGAGCUGCACUCACAGAUGCUGAGAGUGAAGGCGGUUACACAACAGCCAAUGCUGAGUCUGACUACGAGCGGGACUCUGACAAGGACAGCGAGGAUGGGGAAGACGAAGUGAGCUGUGAGACUGUGAAGAUGGGGAGGAGGGACUCUCUGGAUCUGGAGAUGGAGGCAGCCUCGGACCCAGUGACUGGUGCCCUGGAGGACGGCAGCUCCUCGGCCCCUGAGGGCAUGCUGCCCCUCCUGCACCAGGCUGAUGAACUACACGAGGGCAGUGAGCAGAACAAGCGGGAGGGCUUCCAGUUGCUGCUCAACAACAAGCUGGCGUAUGGAAGCCGGCAGGACUUUCUUUGGCGCCUGGCCCGGGCCUACAGUGACAUGUGCGAGCUCACGGAGGAGAUAAAUGAGAAGAAGUCAUAUGCGUUAAAUGGAAAGGAAGAAGCAGAAGCUGCUCUGGAGAAGGGGGAUGAGAGUGCUGACUGUCACUGGUGGUAUGCAGUGCUUUGUGGUCAGCUGGCUGAGUAUGAGGGCAUCCAGAAGCGUAUCCAGAGUGGCUUUAGCUUCAAGGAGCACGUGGACAAAGCCAUUGCUCUCCAGCCAGAAAACCCUAGGGCUCACUUUCUUCUUGGCAGGUGGUGCUAUCAGGUCUCUCACUUGAGCUGGCUAGAAAAGAAAACGGCCGCAGCCUUGUUUGAAAGCCCUCCCAGUGCCACUGUGCAGGAUGCUCUCCAGAGCUUCCUAAAGGCUGAAGAACUGCACCCAGGGUUCUCCAAAGCUGGAAGGGUGUACAUUUCCAAGUGCUACAGAGAAUUAGGAAAAAACUCUGAAGCCAGACGGUGGAUGAAACUGGCCCUGGAGCUGCCAGAUGUCAACAAUGAGGAUUCAGCUCUUCAGAAGGACCUGGAAGAACUGGAAGUAGUUUUAGGGGAAUAAUCACAUUUCAGUGGCCUUCAUGACUUGAGGGCUACUUGCGGGCUGCUGCUCUGCAAUUCCUUAGACCCUGCUUUGAUCAGGAUUCCAAGCAAGAAGCACCCCGGCACCCACUACCAUUCCCCGGCAUCUUGUCUGUUUCCCGUCAGCUGAUUAAUCUGUCACCUAAACUGGGGACAUAUCUGUAGCUGGGCCUUCUGUUCUUCUUCUUCCCCUUAAGGAAACUGGAAAGUCGAUACUUAGUCAGCACUUGCCUUAGGAUCACGUAUGGGCUGGUGAGGUGGAGUUUCAAAGAGCCACUGGAACAAAGCACAGAACCUGUCAUUCUCGUCUUUUUCAUGGAUUCAUAUUCAACACGCGUCCAGUCCUAAGAUCACACCCUGCUGACCAGGACACAGGAGGGGUCCAGGGGCCCUUAUCACUGCUCAUGUGGAUUCAACCUGUACUCCUGGACUGAGGGAGGGAGGGGCUGGGCCACCUGACUCAGAAAUCUGCCAGCUUUUGAAAUGAGUGGCAGUGUCAUAGUCUGAUACUGUGAAAUAAUGGCCUGAAGAGUUACCUGGAAUAUAUUUUGGUACAAGAUUGAAAUAAAAUGAAUUUGAUCAAAAA